AAAGGGCCCUUUUGAAAUUAGGGUUUCCAUCUUUGGCAAAGGUUGACUUUUUUGCCUUUGAGGAAAGAUCGAACUCCAGCUUGGCCGCUCUCCAGCAGCGGAAGCUAACGGAGCAAGAAGAGAACUUUCGCCGCCAAGGCACACGCAUUGGACACCAUGGUGAAGUACUCGAGAGAGCCCGAUAAUCCCACCAAGUCUUGCAAGGCUAGGGGCUCUGAUCUCAGGGUUCAUUUCAAGAACACAAGAGAGACGGCCUUUGCUAUAAGAAAGCUGCCUUUGGCCAAAGCGAAGAGGUACCUGGAGGAUGUGCUGGUGCACAAACAAGCGAUACCAUUCCGACGAUUUUGCCGUGGCGUCGGAAGGACUGCUCAGGCAAAAAACAGGCACUCUAAUGGACAAGGGCGGUGGCCGGCGAAAUCGGCUAGAUUCAUUCUCGAUUUGUUGAAGAAUGCUGAGAGUAAUGCUGAAGUGAAGGGUUUGGACGUUGAUGCGCUCCAUGUAUCUCAUAUCCAGGUCAACCAGGCUCAGAAGCAGAGGCGCCGCACCUACAGGGCUCACGGAAGAAUCAACCCGUAUAUGUCAUCUCCUUGCCACAUCGAGUUGAUUUUGUCAGAAAAGGAAGAACCCGUGAGGAAAGAGCCGGAGACUCAGUUGGCAACAAGCAAGUCUAAGAAGUCGCAAGCUUGAGGCGACCUCGUUUUUCCUUUUAAACUAUUUGCCGUAUAGUAUACAGGAGAUUUGUCCUCACCCUUUGGUACGAGGAACACUUUCUUCCUCAGUGCUUGCUCAAUUGAAUAUUUUCCAGGUUCUUGGUUA